AUGACGAAGUUUGCGCAGUGGCUGUGGGGACUGCUGCUCCUGGGCUCUGUCUGGGCGGCCCUGACCUUGGGAGCCCUGGGUCUAGAGCUGCCCUCAGUGUGCCAGGAGGUGCUAUGGCCACUGCCUGCCUACUUGCUGGUGUCCACCGGCUGCUAUGAGCUAGACACCAUGGGCUACCACGUGGCCACUUUCCACGACUAUGAGGAUACCGCCCGUGAGCUGCAGAGCCAGAUCCACGAGGCAAGAGCUGACUUAGCCCUCAGGGGGAUGCGUUUCUGGUAA